GUUGCAGUCUGCCCCAGAGGGACCGGGCAGGCAGGUGGACGGAGACGGCGCUGAUCGUGAGUUGAGCAGAGCGGCUGAGGCUGCCGCGUCCCGGUCAGUAUGAGCAUGUACGGGUCCCAGCAGGGCCUGAACAUGGGCCGGAGGGUCAGCUCCAAAGGCGAUCUGGCUGGCGGGGGGAGCUACCAUUACGCACGGAGCGAAGUGGUGCACGGCGGUGGUAAUGGAUACGAUCCCUACAUGGACGGAUACAAAACCUACACUUUCUCCAAGUCCACUGGAAUGGGAGGCGGCAUGGGAAGUGGAACCAUGAGCGGAGUGAUGAGCCAAAUGGCCAGCGGUAUGGAAGGAGGGACGAUGACCAGAAUGAGUGGCUCGGCCUUCGGUGCCAUCAACCAGAGAGCUGAGGCCCUGCAGAGCCAGUGCAACGAGUACCUGAAGAAAGCCGAUUAUGCCAUGCAGGCUGGCAGCGGGGAUACAGAGUACUACAUGGGGAAGGCCAAGGAUGCCAUCGAAAAGCUGAAAUACUGUGCGAUGGACCUGAGGCAAAUGGGACAGCCCAAUGACAAUGUAAUCAGGAGCUUGGAGAUCUGUAAAGACCGGCUGAAAGGGGCCCACAUGGCCAUGACCAGCUCCAUGCAGAGGAGGAGAAGCACCAGGGGGAGCUCUGGAGGAUGGGAGGACCCUGGAAGGAGCUUCCAUGAUGCUAUGGCCUGGAUUGGACAGCACAAGCGUCUGAUUGAAACAGCUCUCUGGGGAGACGAUCCUGCAGCCAUUGAGCAGCAGCUCACCAACCACCAGAGGUUUCACACCUCCAUCCAGAGGAGCCCUGAGAUGGACCGAGCCAGAGACGAGCUGGCUAAGAAAGGAGACAAAGGAAGUCUUCACGCUCUGGAACAGGAAUGGGACAGUCUACAGCAAAUGUCGUUCGGUCGGACCCAGCAGCUGCAAGACCUCAUGUACCUCAUUCAGGAAAUAUCCAGAGAGAUUAUGUGGGUGAAUGACAGGGAGGAAGAGGAGCUGAUGUUUGACUGGGGAGACAAGAACGUCGACCAGUACAUCCCCAAGAAGCAGGAGAGCUAUUCGAAACUGAUGAGUGCCCUGGAGGAUAAAGAGAUGGAACUGAAUAAACUGAAAGCCAAAGUGGAUAACGUCCUGAAGAACAACCACCCGGCUGCAGACAAGAUUGAGGCUUACAAGGACACCUUACAGACUCAGUGGAGUUGGCUCCUUCAAAUUACAAAAUGCAUUGAUGUCCAUCUGAAGGAGAACGGAGCUUACAGCCAGUUCUUCAAGGAAGCAAAUGACACAUACAGCGCUCUGCAAAAGGAACACGAGACGGUUCGUAAGAAUUACCCCUGUGACAAGAGCACUUCUCUGGAGAACCUGCUGGAGCUCCUCAGAGGCCUGGAGAGGGAAAAGGAGAAGAUUAUGGAAAACAAGAGGCAGGUGCAACAUCUGGUCAACAGGUCAAAGAGCAUCGUGAGACUGAAACCCAGAAACCCUGAGGAGAAGAGCAACCACAGCGUCAUCGUCAAGGCUCUGUGUGACUUCAAACAAGACCAGAAAGUGAUCUGUAAGGACAACGAGGCCAUCCUGAAGGACAACAGUCAGCGGAGUAAGUGGCAGGUUACCGGCCCCGGAGGACUGGAUAUGUUGGUGCCCUCUGUGUGCCUGAUUGUACCACCUCCUAAUCCACUCAGCAUCAGCCUCGCCAACAAGAACGAGCAGUACUAUGAGGCCAUCCUCUCAAUCUGGAACCAGCUGUACAUCAACGUUAAGAGUCUCAUCGCCUGGCAGUACUGUCUGCUGGACAUCAGACGCAUCAACUCUCUUACCAUCAACAUGUUGGCCAAGAUGCGUCCUGAGGAGUACCGACAAAUUAUCAAGAGCCUCGAGACUCACUAUGAGGAGUUCAAACUGAGCAGCCACGGCUCCCAGAUGUUCGCUGAUGAGGACAAGAGGAGCAUUGAGAACCAGUUCACUGGAGCCCAGGCCCACUAUGACCAGCUGGUGGUGCAGCUGCCUACUUAUGUUGCACAGCAAGAACAAAUAGAAAUCCAUCAAGUAGUUGAGCAACCACGCCAUCAGUUCAUUAUAAUACAGCAACAGCCGCUUCAACAAGAUGCCGCCGAAGAAGAGGCCAGGAGGCUUGAAGAAGAAAGACAAAGACUGGAGCUUAAAAUAAUGGCGGAGAGGAAAGCUGCUGCCGAACAAGAGGCCAGGAGGAUAGAAGAAGAAAGACAAAGACUGGAGAUUAAAAUAAUGGCGGAGAGGAAAGCUGCUGCCGAACAAGAGGCCAGGAGGAUUGAAGAAGAAAGACGGAGAGUGGAGCUUAAAAAAAUUGAGAAGAAAGCGGAAGUGAAGAAAGAGGUGGUGAACAAAGAGCAUGUGGUCAAGAAGGAGGUGGUGAAAGUGGUCAGAACAGAGCCGGUGAGGAGAAGGGUGUCCUCUUCCUCUGUCUCCAGUGCCUCCUCAUCGUCUCACAGUCUUUCAGAGCUGCACUCGCUCAGACUGAGGCUGGAGGCUGCUGAGAGCAUGCUGACUCAGCAUCUUCAUGUCUGCGUCGGAGAAGAUGCCGUGCACGACUGUGGCCUCAAAAUCAUUCAGUUAGAGACGGUGCAGCGGGAUGUCGAUGCGAUGCGUGAUGAGUACUUAAGUUUGAGGGAGCGCAUUUUGAGGGAGCUGGAAGGCAUGAAUGACUCAGAUAAGGCCCAGUUCCUCCGCAGUGAGAUUGGAGUGAUCAACCAGAGACUGGGCAGCCUGGAAUGUAGCUCUUCAGCUUACGUACAGAGGCUGCGGGCUCUAAGGGACAUGCUGGAGAGUGUGGCACGAGCUGAGGACAUUGUUAAAGUUCAUGAAGCGAGACUUACCGAAAAAGAGACCACAUCCCUUUCUCCUGGGGAAGUGGACGAAUAUAUGUUGACACUGAAGAAUGUCAAAGCAGAGUUGGAUCAGAAGAAAGAUGUCCUGGCCUCUAUGGAGAAAGAGUUGGCCAAGGCCAGCCACUGGAACAGCCAAUUGGGAGAUCCCUUCCACAGGUGUGACAUGAUGCUGUCAAAAUACACUGAGCAGGUGGGCGUGCUGUCAGACCGCUGGAGAAGAAUCCAGGGACAGAUUGACACCAGACUCCAGGAUCUGAAGAUGUAUGUGCCUCAGCUGCAGCACUACAAGCAAACCAGCACCUCCCUUUUUGACUGGAUUGAUGCCACAACGAAAAAACAGAACGCCCUACAGGCCACCAAGAUAGAGAAUAUCCAAGCACUUAAAGACCACAUUACCAACCAGAAGGCUCUGAACACAGAAAUCAAAGCAAAGAGGGAGACAGUAGAGAGGGUGCUGAAGGACAAUGAGGCCUGUGUGAACACUAUUAAGGACUAUGAAACGGACCUCUCCUCUUACACAUCUGGUUUAGAAACUUUGCUCAAUGUCCCCAUUAAGAGGACAAUGCUGAAGUCUCCUUCAAUGGAUCUAAAUCAGGAGGCUAUACAACUGCAGACUCGUUACAUGGAAUUGCUUACAAUGUCUGGUGACUACCACAAAUUCCUGGGCGAGUCGCUCAAAAACAUGGAGGAGCUCAAGAUUCGUAACACCCGGAUUGACCUGUUAGAAGAAGAACUUCGCCUCCUUAGGGAGGAUAUCCAAGACUGCAACGGCAGAAACAAAUCACUGGAAGACACGGUUGCUCGUUACCAGCUGGAGCUGUCUCAGUCACAGGAACAGCUGUUGUCCGUGGAGGAGGUGAAGCGAAAUACGGCCCUCCAGUGCAAUGCCACCAAAGAGAGCCUUGACAGUACUCAAAGCCAGCUGACAGAGCUCAGUGAUCAGGUAACACGUCUUACAUACUUGCUGGAUGAAGAAAAGAGGAAGAGGAAGCUAGCAGAGGAGCGCUAUAAUCAGCAGCAGGAGGAAUAUGAAUCGGUGUUGAGGAAGAGACAGAAUGAGCUGGAGACAGUCAGCUGGUCCAAGAUGGACGUUGAGAAGAGUGUGGCAAAUAAGGAUCACGAGAUUGAAAACCUGCGGCGGCAGCUGGAUGCUGAAACAGCAAGGGUCAAGGAGCUACAGACGGAUAUAUCAAAGGUAAGAAGCCAGUGCAAUGUGGAGAUCAAUAAUUUAAAACUCAGCUAUGAAUCCCAGAUCCACGCCAGUUGCACAGACAUCCAGAGGCUGGCAGCCCAGAGGGACGAGGAUGCCGCUGAGCUCCAGAUGCAGUAUGACAGAAUGGAGGGAGAGAGAAGGAGUCUGGAGGAGGAGGUCAGGAGGCUUAGGAUGUCUGUUAACCAGGCUGAGGAGCAAAGGAUGAGAACGGAGGAGGAAGCUCAGAGUCAGCGAGCUGUGAUCAUAGAAGAAGGGCGAAGGAGGAGAGAACUAGAAAGUCAGGUGGAGUUGCUGAUGAGUCAGAGGGAUGAGGAAAACAGCGAGUAUCGAGAGGAGCUGGCUGAGCUCAUGAAGGCUCUGCAGGACAAGAGUGACCAGUUGGCUUAUGUCACACACAGUCUGGAUGAGGAGAACCGAAGGAGAAAAACCAUAGAAGAAGGACAGGCUGUACUUGAACAAACUGUGACCCAGCUGCAGGUAAAGCUAACAAGCUCAUCGGUGGCUACAACCCAGCUGAGGGAGUAUGAUGAGGAACUUCAGAAGAUGCGUUUGGAACUUGAGAGAGAGAGCAAAGAGCGAAGCAGAGUGGAACAAAAUAUAAGCAGGUUAAAUUCGCGCAUCAAGGACCUGCAGGCUGUGAGAGAUGGGCUGGAAAGCCAGAUGGAGAAUUUGAGAAUAGCUAACCAAGAAGAAGUGGCCAGAAGAAGGCAGGUUGAAGCAGAGCUUGAAAAGACCACUAUUACCAUGACAGAGUAUGCCACUACCAUCACUGCACUACGCAAGAGCCAAGAACAAGCUAGCACAUCAGGAAAGAGAGGUGAAGAAGAGCGUCUCAGGUUACAGGAAGAGUUAGAAAGAAGCUUGAGAGAAAACAAGACCUCUGCAGAGCACAUGACACAGCUGAACACUGAGCUGAAAGCCCUGCAGCAACAAUUGCUCCAGGAGCAGGCCCGACUCAAAGAAGCAAAACUUAGGAAUGAUGGUCUUUACAGAACAAUAGAGGAGAAAAGUAAGGCACUGAAUGAAAACACUGUUCAGCUUGAAAGCCUUAAGGAGAUGACAGAGACCCAGACCAAAGAGAGGCUGAGGCUGGAGGAGGAAUUAAGGGCAGCACAUCAUGAUAAAGAGGAACUCUUGAGAUCCAAACAAGGAAUGGAUGAUGAGCUCUCCUCACAGAUUACUGCCUUGGACCUGCAGCUGCAGGCCAGUGAGCGUAGCAAUAAAGACUAUCACAGCCUGGUCUCAGAGCUCUCUUCAGAGCGGGAGAAACUCAAGCUGGAGACUGAGAACAUGCAAACACAGGCCACCGAGACAAGAGCCAUGAUGCAGUCCUUUCAGUCCCAGUACAAUGAUGUUGUAAAGGAGAGAGAUGCUGAGCUUCGCAAUAAGCAACGUCUACAGGAGGAGAAUGAGAGGGUGAAGAGGGACUUAAGUUACUGGAAGGACCAAUGUGAUAGCAAACAGGGAAUGAUUAGGCAAUAUGACACAGACAAGGAGAUUUUGGAAAGGGAAAAGAAAUCUUUAAAAAGUGAGAUUGAGCGGUUGAUGAGGGAACUCAAGGAUCUUGAUGAAACAAAUAAAAGUAGGUUGUCAGCCAUCCAGACAGAAAUGAAAGAGGUCAGUGUCAGACAAACUAAGGAGACUGAGCUGAAGACAACUAGAGCACCACCAACCUUGGAAACUUCCACUGCAAUUUUUGAUGGAGUUCGCAAACCAGUCACGGCAAACCAGUUGCUUGACUGUGGUGUUUUGGAUAAAUCGACAUUUAACCAGCUAAUGAAGGGACAUAAGACUGUCCCUGAAGUAUCUGUUGACAAAAAAGUCAAUCUAAAAGGGACAGGACCAAUAGCUGGGGUGGUAAUUGAAAGUCCGAAAAGCCCAGGGUCCAGGAUGAGACCACUUUGCAAAAUGACUUUCACAGAAGCUAAGAAAGACAAUCUCCUCCCACAAGACAGUGUUGACUUGCUACUGGAUGCUCAAGCUGCUACAGGCCAUAUUAUUGACCCUAGAACUAAUCAGAAGUUGACAGUUGAAGAAGCAUGUAAUCAAGGUGUGGUUGAUGAUGAGGACAGAGAAAGGUUGCUUUCUGCAGAAGCUGCAGCUGUAGGAUUUGGUGGACCUGGCAUAAGCAAACCUCUUUCAGUAUUUCAGGCCAUGAAGAAGGGGCUGAUCGACAAGACCACAACACUUCGUCUGUUACAAGCCCAGGAGGCUACGGGAGGCAUUCUGGAUCCCUUAAACAGUGUGUUCCUUCCCAAGGACACAGCCAUUGCCCGUGAUCUAAUUGAUGAUACCAUAUGUCAUGCUUUGAGUAAGAGGCCCGAGCUAUACCUGGAUCCAGAAAAUGAGGAGGGUGUAACCUACAGUGCAAUGAAGAGGAGAUGCAGAGUAGAUCCAGACACAGGCCUCUUGCUUCUUCCCAUUCCUGAGAAGGUGGACCCCUCAAAACUUGUUUUUGAUGGUGUUCGUAAACCUGUUACAGCCAACCAGCUGUUUGAUUGUGGUGUCUUGGACAAGCCAACAUUUAAAGAUCUUGAAAAGGGCAAGAAAACUGUCCCAGAGGUGUCUGAGGAUAAAAAGGUCAAUCUGAAGGGCACUGGACCAAUUGCUGGGGUUGUUGUUGGGAGUAAAGGCAAAAUGUCUUUCACACAAGCCAAGAAACAAAUGCUCCUGUCUGAUGAUAGUGCAGAUUUGCUAUUAGAAGCCCAAGCUGCUACAGGUCACAUCAUUGACCCCAAAACCAAUCAGAAGCUGACUGUGGAGGAGGCUUGUGCCAAGGGAGUGGUGGAUAUUAGAGAUGAAGACAAAUUAUUGGCAGCAGAGGCUGCUGCUAUUGGCUAUAAGGAUCCUAAUGUAGUGAAGCCUCUGUCAGUGUUUGAGGCCAUGAAGAAGGGACUGAUUGAAAAGGAGACUGCAUUACGCCUUCUGCAGGCCCAGGUGUCAUCGGGAGGCAUUCUAGAUCCCAAUCUCAGUGUGUUCCUACCUAAGGACACAGCUAUCAAGCGCAAAAUUUUUGAUGAAAACCUCCAUAAUGCUCUAAGCCAGACUCCAGAAUGUUACCUUGACCCUGAAACGGAGCAUGAAGCCAGUUAUGAGGCUUUGAAGAAACAAUGUAAAAUAGAACCUCACACAGGUCUGCUGCUUCUGCCAAUCACUGAGAAGCUAGAUCCUUCCAAAUUGAUAUUUGAUGGUGUUCGUAAGCCAGUAACAGCACAACAAUUGCUUGAUUGUGGAGUCUUGGACAAGCCAACAGUUACCCAGCUAAUGAAGGGGGAGAAAACUGUUCCAGAAGUGUCAGAGGAGAAAAAGAUAUUUCUAAAAGGGACAGGAUCAAUUGCUGGUGUAGCAGCUGGACCAUCAGGGAAGGUGUCUUUCUCAGAAGCUAAGAAAAAGAUGCUCAUACCACCAGAUAGUGCAGAUUUGCUAUUGGAAGCUCAGGCUGCCACAGGUCACAUAAUUGAUCCCACAUCCAAUCAGAAGCUGACAGUAGAUGAAGCAUGCGUGAGAGGAGUGGUGGACAACAAGGAUCGAGAUAAGCUCUUGGCAGCAGAACGUGCUGCUGUGGGCUACCGGGAUCCGAACACAGCUAAACCUCUUUCAGUGUUUGAGGCAAUGAAGAAGGGAAUGAUCGAUAGGAACACUGGGGUACGCCUGCUGCAGGCCCAGGAGCUUGCAGGAGGAAUUCUAGAUCCCAACCUCAGUGUGUUCCUUCCUAAAGACACAGCUAUAAAGCGCAACCUUCUGGAUGAAGACCUUUGUCAUGCACUAAACCAGGAUCCUCAGUGUUACCUCAACCCAGACACAGAGCGAAAUGCCAGUUAUGGGGCUUUAAAGAAAAGAUGCAAAACAGAGUCUCAUACAGGUCUGAUGCUUCUGCCAAUCACUGAGAGAAAAGAUCCUUCAAAACUUAUGUUUGAUGGCGUUCGCAAGCCAGUCUCUGCACAACAGUUGUUUGAAUGUGGGGUCCUUGACAAGCCAACAUUUAACCAACUAACUAAAGGAGAGAAAACUGUCCCAGAGGUGUCUGAGGAUAAAAAGGUCAGUCUGAAGGGGACUGGCCCCAUUGCUGGAAUUGUAGCUGGACGUCAAGGUAAAAUGUCAUUGUCAGAAGCCAAGAAACAGAAUCUCCUACCAGAGGAUGGUGCAGAUUUGCUACUGGAAGCCCAGGCUGCUACAGGUCAUAUAAUUGACCCAAAAACUGAUGAAAAGCUGACAGUAAAGGAAGCAUGUGCCCGAGGAGUGGUGGACAUUAGAGAUCAAGACAAAUUAUUGGCAGCAGAGGCUGCUGCUAUUGGCUAUAAGGAUCCUAGUGCAGCCAAGCCUCUGUCAGUGUUUGAGGCCAUGAAGAAGGGACUGAUUGAAAAGGAGACUGCAUUGCGCCUUCUGCAGGCCCAAGUGUCAUCAGGAGGCAUUCUAGAUCCCAAUCUCAGUGUGUUCCUACCUAAAGACACAGCUAUUAAGCGCAACCUUUUAGAUGAAAACCUCAGUCGUGCUCUCAACCAGAGUCCUGAGUGUUACCUUGACCCUGAAACGGAGCACAAUGCCAGCUAUGAGGCUUUGAAGAAAAGAUGCAAGACAGAACCUCACACAGGUCUGCUACUUCUGCCAAUCACUGAGAAGCUAGAUCCUUCCAAAUUGAUAUUUGAUGGUGUUCGUAAGCCAGUAACAGCACAGCAAUUGCUUGAUUGUGGAGUCCUGGACAAACCGACAUUUAUGCAACUAAUGAAGGGGGAGAAAACUGUUCCAGAAGUGUCAGAGGAUAAAAAGAUAUUUCUAAAAGGGACAGGAUCAAUUGCUGGUGUGGCAGCUGGUCCUUUAGGGAAGAUGUCUUUUUCAGAUGGCAAGAAAAAAAUGCUCAUGCCUCCAAAUAGUGCAGAUUUGCUAUUGGAAGCUCAGGCUGCCACAGGUCACAUAAUUGAUCCCACAUCCAAUCAGAAGCUGACAGUAGAUGAAGCAUGUGCAAGAGGAGUGGUGGACAAAAAGGAUCGAGAUAAACUCUUGGCAGCAGAACGUGCUGCUGUGGGCUACCAGGAUCCGAACACAGCUAAACCUCUUUCAGUGUUUGAGGCAAUGAAGAAGGGAAUGAUCGAUAGGAACACUGGAAUACGCCUGCUGCAGGCCCAGGAGCUUGCAGGAGGAAUUCUAGAUCCCAACCUCAGUGUGUUCCUUCCUAAAGACACAGCUAUAAAGCGCAACCUUCUGGAUGAAGACCUUUGUCGUGCACUAAACAAGGAUCCUCAAUGUUACCUCGACCCAGACACAGAGCGAGAUGUCAGUUAUGGGGCUUUAAAGAAAAGAUGCAAAACAGAGUCUCAUACAGGUCUGAUGCUUCUGCCAAUCACUGAGAGAAAAGACCCUUCGGAACUGAUGUUUGAUGGUGUUCGCAAGCCAGUCUCUGCACAACAGUUGUUUGAAUGUGGGGUCCUUGACAAGCCAACAUUUAACCAACUAACAAAAGGAGAGAAAACUGUCCCAGAGGUGUCUGAGGAUAAAAAGGUCAAUCUGAAGGGGACUGGCCCCAUUUCUGGAAUUGUAGCUGGACAUCAAGGUAAAAUGUCAUUGUCAGAAGCCAAGAAACAAAUGCUCCUGUCUGAUGAUAGUGCAGAUUUGUUACUGGAAGCCCAGGCUGCUACAGGUCACAUCAUUGACCCAAAAACUGAUGAAAAGCUGACAGUAAAGGAAGCAUGUGCCAAAGGAGUGGUGGACAUUAGAGAUCAAGACAAAUUAUUGGCAGCAGAGGCUGCUGCUAUUGGCUAUAAGGAUCCUAGUGCAGCCAAGCCUCUGUCAGUGUUUGAGGCCAUGAAGAAGGGACUGAUUGAAAAGGAGACUGCAGUACGCCUUCUGCAGGCCCAGGUGACAUCAGGAGGCAUUCUAGAUCCCGAUGUCAGUGUGUUCCUACCUAAAGACACAGCUAUCAAGCGCAAUCUAUUGGAUGAAAGCCUCAGUCAUGCUCUAAACCAGAGUCCUGCGUGUUACCUCGACCCAGAAACUGAAUGCAAUGCCAGCUAUGAGGCUUUGAAGAAAAAAUGUAAGACAGAACCUCACACAGGUCUGCUACUCUUCCCAGUCACAGAGCAGCUAGAUCCUUCCAAAUUGAUAUUUGAUGGUGUUCGUAAGCCAGUAACAGCACAGCAAUUGCUUGAUUGUGGAGUCCUGGACAAACCAACAGUUACCCAGCUAAUGAAGGGGGAGAAAACUAUUCCAGAGGUGUCAGAGGAUAAGAAGAAAUUUCUAAAAGGGACAGGAUCAAUUGCUGGUGUGGCAGCUGGACCAUCAGGAAAGAUGUCUUUAUCUGAGGCUAAGAAAAAGAUGCUCAUGCCUCCAAAUAGUGCAGAUUUGCUAUUGGAAGCUCAGGCUGCCACAGGUCACAUAAUUGAUCCCACAUCCAAUCAGAAGCUGACAGUAGAUGAAGCAUGUGUGAGAGGAGUGGUGGACAAAAAGGAUCGAGAUAAACUCUUGGCAGCAGAACGUGCUGCUGUGGGCUACCGGGAUCCGAACACAGCUAAACCUCUUUCAGUGUUUGAGGCAAUGAAGAAGGGAAUGAUCGAUAGGAACACUGGAGUACGCCUGCUGCAGGCCCAGGAGCUUGCAGGAGGAAUUCUAGAUCCCAACCUCAGUGUGUUCCUUCCUAAAGACACAGCUAUAAAGCGCAACCUUCUGGAUGAAGACCUUUGUCGUGCACUAAACAAGGAUCCUCAAUGUUACCUCGACCCAGACACAGAGCAAGAUGCCAGUUAUGGGGCUUUAAAGAAAAGAUGCAAAACAGAGCCUCGCACUGGCCUGAUACUUCUGCCAAUCACUGAGAGAAAAGAUCCUUCAAAACUUAUGUUUGAUGGUGUUUGCAAGCCAGUCUCCGCACAGCAGUUGUUUGAUUGUGGGCUCCUUGACAAGCUAACCUUUAACCAGUUAGUAAAAGGAGAGAAAACUGUCCCAAUAGUCUCCAUGGAAAAAAAGGCUUUUCUGAAGGGAACUGGCCCCAUUGAUGGAAUUGUGGCUGGACGUCAAGGUAAAAUGUCAUUGUCAGAAGCCAAGAAACAGAGUCUCCUACCAGUGGAUAGUGCAGAUUUAUUGCUGGAAGCCCAGGCUGCUACAGGUCAUAUCACUGACCCUAAAACUGGUCAGAAGCUGACAGUAGAAGAAGCAUGUGCCAAAGGAGUGGUGGAUAGGAGAGACCGAGACAGAUUAUUGGCAGCACAGGCUGCUGCUAUUGGCUAUAAGGAUCCUAGUGCAGCCAAGCCUCUGUCAGUGUUUGAGGCCAUGAAGAAGGGACUGAUUGAAAAGGAGACUGCAUUGCGCCUUCUGCAGGCCCAGGUGACAUCAGGAGGCAUUCUAGAUCCCAAUCUCAGUGUGUUCCUACCUAAAGACACAGCUAUUAAGUGGAAUCUACUAGAUGAAAGCCUCAGUCAUGCUCUAAACCAGAGUCCUGCGUGUUACCUCGACCCAGAAACUAAAUGCAAUGCCAGCUAUGAGGCUUUGAAGAAAAAAUGUAAGACAGAACCUCACACAGGUCUGCUACUCUUCCCAGUCACAGAGCAGCUAGAUCCUUCCAAAUUGAUAUUUUAUGGUGUUCGUAAGCCAGUAACAGCACAGCAACUGCUUGAUUGUGGAGUCCUGGACAAACCAACAGUUACCCAGCUAAUGAAGGAGGAGAAAACUAUUCCAGAAGUGUCAGAGGAUAAAAAAGUAUAUCUAAAAGGGACAGGAUCAAUUGCUGGUGUGGUAGCAGGUCCUUUAGGGAAGAUGUCUUUUUCAGAAGCUAAGAAAAAGAUGCUCAUGCCACCAGACAGUGCAGAUUUGCUAUUAGAAGCUCAGGCUGCCACAGGUCACAUAAUUGAUCCCACAUCCAAUCAGAAGCUGACAGUAGAGGAAGCAUGUGUAAGAGGAGUGGUGGAAAACAAGGAUCGAGACAAACUCUUGGCAGCAGAACGUGCUGCUGUGGGCUACCGGGAUCUGAACACAGCUAAACCUCUUUCAGUGUUUGAGGCAAUGAAGAAGGGAAUGAUCGAUAGGAACACUGGGGUACGCCUGCUGCAGGCCCAGGAGCUUGCAGGAGGAAUUCUAGAUCCCAACCUCAGUGUGUUCCUUCCUAAAGACACAGCUAUAAAGCGCAACCUUUUGGAUGAAAACCUUUGUCAUGAACUAAACAAGGAUCCUCAAUGUUACCUUGACCCAGACACAGAGCGUGAUAUCAGUUAUGGGGCUUUGAAGAAAAGAUGCAAAACAGAGUCUCGCACAGGCCAGAUACUUCUGCCAAUCACUGAGAGAAAAGACCCUACAAAACUGAUGUUUGAUGGCGUUCGCAAACCAGUCUCCGCACAGCAGUUGCUUGAAUGUGGGAUCCUUGACAAGCUAACCUUUAACCAGUUAGUGAAGGGAGAGAAAACCAUCCCAGAGGUGUCUUUGGAUAAAAAGGUCUUUCUAAAGGGGACAGGGUCAGUUGCUGGUGUUGCAGCUGGACCUUUACGGAAAAUGUCCUUUACUGAGGCAAAAAAACAGAAAAUCCUGACACCUGCCAGUGCCGACAUGCUAUUAGAUGCUCAGGCAGCCACAGGUCACAUCAUAGACCCCAGAACUAAUCAGAAACUGACAGUAAAAGAAGCAUGUGCCCGAGGAGUGGUGAACAAGGAGGAUGAAUCCAAGUUGUUUGCAGCUGAAGCCGCUGCUAUAGGUUACAGAGAACCACAUAGUGCCAAGCUUCUCUCAGCUGGCCAGGCCAUGAAGAAAGGAUUAAUAGACAAAGACACAGCUCUACGUGUACUUCAGGCUCAAGAGUGUGUAGGGGGUAUUUUGGACCCUAGCAUUAGUGUCUUCCUACCCAAAGACAUUGCUAAGGAAAGGGAUCUUAUAGAUGAGAACCUAUCCCAUGCUUUGAAUCAGUCUCCAGAGUGUUAUCUGGACCCAGACACCCAACAAACAACUACAUAUGUAUCUCUGAAGAAAAAAUGUAAAGUUGAUCCAAGCACAGGUCUUUUGCUUUUCCCUGAACCUAAAAAACCAGUAACUGUUAAGGGGAUUAGGGACCAGGUCUCAGUCAUAGAUCUGGUGGAUGCAAACCUGCUGAAACAAUCUGAUGUGGACCAAUUGAGAGAAGGUAGACUAACAAGCCAAGACAUUGAAGACCGCCUGAGGUCCUACCUGGGAGGUUCCACCUGCAUAGCAGGAGUCUAUGAUGAGGCCAGUGAUAGGGUGCUGCCAAUCUAUCAAGCAAUGAAAGAAGAACUAUUGCCACGUGGAACCACUGUACAACUGCUUGAGGCCCAGGCUGCUUCAGGUUUUAUAGUUGAUCCUGUCAACAACCUCCAUCUGACUGUUAGUGAUGCCUACAAUAGAGGACUGUUUGGACCAGAGUUUAAGGACAAACUUCUAGCAGCAGAAAUGGCUGUGACUGGUUACAAACUGCCUGGUACAGACAGUAUUCUUUCCCUCUUUCAGGCAAUAGAGAGCGGUCUAGUGAAGAGAGGUCAGGGGCUCUGUCUGCUUCAAGCCCAACUUGCCAGUGGAGGUAUCAUUGAUCCUAUUCACGGCCAUCGUAUUGACACAAACAUAGCGCACAAGAGAGGCUAUUUUGAUGAUGAAAUGAGCAACAUCCUAGCUAAUGAAAAAGGUUUCUUUGACCCUAACACAGAGGAAAACCUAACCUAUUUGGAGCUUAAGAAAUGCUGUAAAACAGACAAGAAGACCGGCCUUAUCCUUUUGCCUAUCAAUGAAAAGACAAAGCAACGAUCAGUACAGAAAAAUACCCGAGGACAAAGGAGAGUGGUAAUUGUGGACCCGGAGACUAAUGAAGACAUGACAGUACGUGAAGCUUUUGACAAAGGGUAUAUUGACUAUUUAACCUUCAUUGAGCUGUCCAAACAGGAGUGUGAGUGGGAAGAGGUCACUAGCACUGAUCCAGAUGGUUCCUCACGAUGUGUUAUCAUUGACAGGAAAACUGGAAGAGAAUAUAACGUUACUGAGCUGCUUAAAAAACAAGUAAUCAGUCAAUCAGUUUUCCAGCAGUACUGUUCACAAAUGAUCACUCUUACUCAGUUUGCAGAUUUCAUCACCAGUAAGACUGAACAUGGAUCACCCUCAUUAUCAUCAUCAUCACUUACAUCAUCAACAACUUCAAGACCAUCAGCUGCCUCAGGUACUUCUUCAGUAACAUCAACAUUAACUUCAAGACCAUCAACAUCUUUAGGUACAUCUUCAGUGACAUCAUCAGCUUUAAGAACAUCUGAAGCCUCAGUUCCGUCAUCACUGAAAUCAUCAUCAUCAGUUAUGUCAAGACCAUUAUCACCUACCCUUGCUAAGAUGACCACAACAAAAACUACCAUUAUCACAGAAAGAGGCUCCACAAUCAGCAGAGGUGUUCGAGACUCACCUGACUCCUUCAAGCAUAUAUCCAGCAUAUCUGUCCAAUUGGAAACUCCUGAUGAAAUAGUGGGUGAACAGGAACCAGUGGGUGCCAUUUUUGACACAGACAAUGUGGAAAAGAUAUCUGUCACAGAGGCUUUAAAUCGUGAUUUAGUGGAUUCCAUAACUGCCCAAAGACUUCUUGAGGCACAAGCCUGCACUGGAGGAAUUGUCAAUCCUGCAAAUGGACAGAGGCUCAGUAUCCAGGAGGCCUCGCGUAUGGGCCUAAUAGAUGAUGACAUGGCCACUAAGCUUAAGCCUGCCCAGAAAGCUUUUAUUGGCUUUGAAGAUGUAAAAACAAAGAAGAAGAUGUCUGCUGCUCAGGCUUUGAAGGAGAGGUGGCUGCCAUAUGAGGCAGGACAGAGAUUCAUGGAGUUUCAAGUUGCAACAGGAGGGCUUUAUGAUCCAGAAGUGGGUUGCAGAAGAACCAUAGAAGAUGCUCUGAAAAUGGGCUGGCUAGAUGGAAGAACAGCCCAGAAACUCCAAGAUAUGAAACACCACGCAAAGAUCCUAACAUGCCCUAAGAGUAAACUUAAUAUAUCAUACAAAGAUGCAUUGGAUAACUGCCUGGUGGAAGAAAGCACUGGGGUGAAAAUACUCCAGGCCUCAUCUGUGUCUUCCAGGGGAAUCAGCAGUCCAUACAAUGUUGCAUCUGCCCCAGGAUCCACCACAGGCUCCAGGAGUGGCUCACGACGAAGCUCCCGCAGGGCCAGUUUGGACCUAGGCUCCCCAACCUCCUCAUCAACUCGUCGCUACAAUCCUACCAGUGUCACCUCCUUCCCCUUCCUUAAAUAAAACAAAAAUAAGACAAGGUCCUGCACAUGCAUACUUGCAAACAAAUCACAAUUUGUCAGAAUAUUUUCAAUGUUCAAAAAAGAAUUGUGGAAAACGUGUGUUGUCUGUGCAGAGUAACAUUUUAAAUUCUUGCAUAAUUCUAGAUUUAAGGCUUUGCUAUUGCUGUGCUUAACCCUUUGAUGGGCAGAGUGCAUCGGGAGACAGCCAUUUUCCAUUGGAUUUGGGUCACUUUUGACCCAUGUUGCGCAUCAAAGGGUUAAAAAUGCCGUAGUUCAUAGUAAUGAACACUAGCAAGAUAUUUUUUUGGAAAUGGACAAAAAUAUUAAUGGCGGGCAUGUUAAAAUGUUUGGAUUCAAGAACAAGUUUAUGUUAAUAUAACAGUUGGUAUCCCUAAAUGGGCUUAGAAAUAAUAAUAAUAAUAAUAAUAAUAAAUUUCAUUUAUAAAGCGCUUUUCCAAAAACUCAAAGACGCUGGAAAUGAUUACCAUAUUAUUUGUUUGCAUACACAUACUUCAUUUUUAUUUUUUUUUUAAAUGUGCUUUCUUCAUGCUGUUAAUUGUUGACAUAAUGGUAUUGCAUUUACAAAUAUCUGACAUUUAAAAUAUGUCCCCUACUUGUUUUUUGUAGGGAGGAAUGCUAAGUUGGGUUGCAUAUAUUGUUUUUACUGCUGUUUUUCCCCCUCCCAAUCAGCUAGGCAUUGGUUUGUUGCUGUUCAGUAGUUCUGGUUUUGUACCAAUUUCUCACUAUCUCAAAAUAAAAUCUGAGUCUUUUGCUCAUA